UCCCUGCCUCCCCUUCCCCGCCAUGCUCAAGCUGUGGAAGGUGGUACGCCCAGCUCGGCAGCUGGAACUGCACCGCCUCAUACUGCUGCUGAUCGCUUUCAGUCUGGGCUCCAUGGGCUUCCUGGCUUACUACGUGUCCACCAGCCCCAAGGCCAAGGAACCCUUGCCCCUGCCCUUGGGAGACUGCAGCAGUGGUGGGGCAGCUGGCCCUGGCCCUGUACGUCCUCCAGUCCCACCACGGCCCCCCAGGCCACCAGAGACAGCGCGAACUGAACCUGUGGUCCUUGUGUUUGUGGAGAGUGCGUACUCACAGCUGGGGCAGGAGAUUGUGGCCAUCUUGGAGUCUAGUCGUUUUCGUUAUAGCACUGAGCUAGCACCUGGCCGAGGGGACAUGCCCACACUGACCGAUCAUACCCGUGGCCGCUAUGUCUUGGUCAUUUAUGAAAACCUGCUCAAGUAUGUCAACCUGGAUGCCUGGAGUCGGGAACUGCUAGACCGGUACUGUGUGGAAUAUGGUGUGGGCAUCAUUGGCUUUUUCCGAGCCCAUGAACAUAGCCUACUGAGUGCCCAGCUCAAGGGCUUUCCUCUUUUCCUACACUCAAAUCUGGGGCUCCGGGACUACCAAGUGAAUCCUUCUGCCCCCCUACUGCAUCUCACACGCCCCAGCCGCCUGGAACCUGGGCCACUGCCUGGUGAUGACUGGACCAUCUUCCAAUCCAAUCAUAGCACAUAUGAACCAGUGCUUCUUGCCAGCCUUCGGCCAGCUGAGCCCCCUAUGCCAGCACCAGUGCCUCGCCGGACCCGGCUUCCCACUGUCAUACAGGACCUGGGGCUUCAUGAUGGCAUCCAGCGGGUGCUCUUUGGUCAUGGCCUUUCCUUCUGGCUCCACAAACUUGUUUUUGUUGACGCUGUUGCGUACCUCACCGGCAAGCGCCUCUGCCUAGACCUUGACCGCUACAUCUUGGUAGACAUCGAUGACAUCUUUGUAGGCAAGGAAGGUACCCGCAUGAAGGUGGCUGAUGUUGAGGCUCUGUUGACCACCCAGAACAAACUCAGGACCUUAGUGCCCAACUUCACCUUCAACUUGGGCUUCUCGGGCAAGUUCUAUCAUACCGGGACGGAGGAGGAGGAUGCAGGGGACGACAUGCUGCUGAAGCACCGCAAAGAGUUCUGGUGGUUCCCCCACAUGUGGAGCCACAUGCAGCCACACCUGUUCCACAAUCGCUCCGUGCUGGCUGACCAGAUGAGGCUCAACAAACAGUUUGCUCUGGAGCAUGGGAUUCCCACGGAUCUGGGGUAUGCUGUGGCCCCCCACCACUCGGGUGUAUACCCCAUCCACACGCAGCUCUAUGAGGCCUGGAAAUCUGUGUGGGGCAUCCAGGUGACCAGCACUGAGGAGUAUCCCCAUCUCCGCCCUGCCCGCUACCGCCGUGGCUUCAUUCACAAUGGCAUUAUGGUACUGCCACGGCAGACGUGUGGCCUCUUCACUCACACAAUCUUCUAUAAUGAAUAUCCUGGAGGCUCUCGUGAACUAGACCGGAGCAUCCGAGGUGGAGAGCUCUUUCUGACAGUGCUGCUUAAUCCGAUCAGCAUUUUUAUGACCCAUCUGUCCAAUUAUGGAAAUGAUCGGCUGGGCCUGUAUACCUUUGAGAGCCUGGUGCGCUUCCUCCAGUGCUGGACACGGCUGCGCCUACAGACCCUUCCUCCCGUCCCUCUUGCACAAAAGUACUUUGAACUGUUCCCUCAAGAGCGGAGCCCCCUUUGGCAGAAUCCCUGUGAUGACAAGAGGCACAAAGAUAUCUGGUCCAAGGAGAAAACCUGUGAUCGGCUCCCCAAGUUCCUGAUUGUGGGACCCCAAAAGACAGGGACCACAGCUAUUCACUUCUUCCUGAGCCUGCACCCAGCUGUGACUAGCAGUUUCCCUAGCCCCAGCACCUUUGAGGAGAUUCAGUUCUUCAACGGCCCUAAUUACCACAAGGGCAUUGAUUGGUACAUGGACUUCUUCCCUGUCCCUUCCAAUGCCAGCACUGACUUUCUGUUUGAAAAAAGUGCCACCUACUUUGACUCAGAGGUUGUACCACGUCGGGGGGCUGCCCUCUUGCCACGAGCCAAGAUCAUCACUGUGCUCACCAACCCUGCUGACAGGGCCUACUCCUGGUAUCAGCACCAGCGAGCCCAUGGAGACCCAGUUGCUCUGAAUUAUACCUUCUACCAGGUGAUUUCAGCCUCCUCUCAGGCCCCUCUGGCACUGCGCUCCCUGCAGAACCGCUGUCUUGUCCCUGGCUACUAUUCCACCCAUCUGCAGCGCUGGCUGACUUACUACCCCUCUGGACAGUUGCUGAUUGUGGAUGGGCAAGAGCUGCGUACCAACCCAGCUGCCUCAAUGGAGAGCAUCCAGAAGUUCCUGGGUAUCACACCCUUUCUGAACUACACACGGACCCUCAGGUUUGAUGAAGAGAAGGGAUUCUGGUGCCAGGGACUUGAAGGUGGUAAGACUCGCUGUCUAGGCAAGAGCAAAGGCCGAAAGUACCCAGAUAUGGACACUGAGUCCCGCCUUUAUCUUACGGAUUUUUUCCGGAACCACAAUUUGGAUCUGUCGAAGCUGCUAAGCCGGCUUGGACAGCCAGUGCCCUCAUGGCUUCGGGAAGAACUGCAACAUUCCAGUCUGGGCUGAUGUCCGGGCCUCCUGUACCAGCAAAAGCCCCCUAGUUUGCUAAAGGGCAAGCCCAGAGCAGGGCCCACAAGGGGGUAAGAGUGGCCCAGCCCCUACCCCUUCUACCUCAGUGGCCCCCAGGCCUGGGAUGGCUGAGAAGGGAAGGGCAGUCCUUUCCCAUAGCUCUGGGGUCUUAUAAAGGGGCUUCCCUUGAUACCCCACCAUCAUGGUACUAGGCACCUUUGACCCAUGUUCUUGGAAGGUGGGCAGGAAUGAAAGGGUCCAGGCAGGGUGUAGAGGAACAUAUUAAUCCAAUGAUUUCCCUCUUUAUCCUCAGCAGUCUAUCUAUACCUGACUAGACUAUGGGAGGGACCCCCUACCGUGGGAUCAGUGGGAUCUACCUGUGGCCCGGCCUCCCUAAUGUCAUUCACAUUGAAUGGGGAUGAGGCCGGACAGUGGCUCAUAGAGCUAAGUAUGAGCCCUAGCUGUGGGCUAGAAAUGUCCUUAAUAAACAUCCUUAUUUUUCUGUUUUGUCUGCC